AUGAGUCAAACCCAGCCUUCUUUUGUGCGCGAUGACGAUGUUGACCCUACAAACGAGUCGCAUAUCCGUAGGGAUUUUUCUGUCUCUUCUCUUUUGUCUGGCUCUUCCUCUUCAUCACCCUCCUCGUCACUACACCCAUCCCUCACGACAACACAUUCUUCAGUCCUCUUCCAGGGUUUCCAUCCCCAUAACCACCACCACAACGCAAGCCAACUUUUCCAGAAACUAUCCUUGCUAGAUAACCAAAGUUCAGACACUUCUACACCCAUGGCUCGCCGCAAAUUACCUCUUUCUCGACUAACCCCAUCCUCAUCGCGACAAGAUCCCAAAGACGAGAAGAAAGUCAAGAAACCAGUCAGCAGGAAGAAACGUACACCCCUCAAGUUCAAACACUAUCGCCAUCCAGGCACAAUAGCUGCCAUCACGAGCGCCCUGGAAGCUUUAGAUACUCACGAUGACGACUCGAUGGACACUCAGCCAGUAGUCAACGGUCUUGAUCACAGUAUGGUGCUUGGACUGGAAAACAAAAGCCCUAAMCCUGCCACGUCUUCGACUACCGAUGAACACGCCAUGAUCGAGUCUCCUAUCCAGCAUCAGCAUGUGGCGAAUCGAGACAUUAUGCGGAUUGCUUCAGUCCUAAAUGAUUCGGCGCAGACUAUGUCAGGACCUACAGCAUCGGGCGAUGAUCCGUCUCCAUCUCCAUCCCCUGAAUCUCCAUCGAUGAACAUGCCAGAUCACUACCUCGAGCAUAGCAACACCGACAUUAUCGACAUCGCUGAUGUGCGCUCUCAAAUCGCAAAAUACGGUCUGCGAAGUGAAUAUCUCGACAUGCUCACAGACCCCGCACGCCAACGGUAUGAAGAGGCCUUGGUUGAGAUCGUGGGUGAUUUGGAGUUACCCUUUUUCGGGGGUCGGCAUGGAUCUGCACAUGAAUAG